AAACGAUAGCUACACAAUCUAUACUAUCCUUUUGCAGAGAGAGAAAGAGAGGUAUGGCCGUAUUGGAGCUCAAACCCAAGUAAGAUUACAGACCCAAAAGUGAAAUUUGUGUUCUUUUUGACUUGUCAGAUGAUGGUAAGGAAUACUGCAGCGAGAAGAAGAAGUUGACAAUAGACGUAUUCACAUGAAAACCAUAUCGUCAUUUUCACCGGUCUUGAAAUUUGUUUGUGGUAGCAGCAGCGGUUUUGGUUCUGGCCGCGGUUAUGGUAAUUGCAGUGGCUCUUGUUCCAAGAUUGUUGCCAAGAGGAGCAAGAAUACCAACCGACCUUCCCAGAAGGGUUCUGAACCAGCUCCACCUAGGAUUACAACAAAUGUCAAGCAUAGUUUGCAGGUUUUAAAGCACUGGAAUGACUAUCAGAAGAGAAAGGCUGGCACACCUAAACCUGCUACUAGUUACCGCCGAAAGAAGGCGGAGAAGGAAGACCUUCCGGAAGAUGAUUCAGAGCUCUAUCUUGACCCUUCUCUGCCACUUGACGACACAGACCAAGGCAUAGAGAUUGGUGUUCCUGUCUUGCUCGUUGAUGGUUACAACGUAUGCGGCUAUUGGGCGAAACUGAAGAAACAUUUUAUGAAAGGAAGACUUGAAAUUGCUCGCGAUAAGCUUAUUGCUGACCUAGUGACAUUCAGUACAGUUAGAGAAAUGAAAGUGGUAGUUGUAUUUGAUGCUAUGAUGUCUGGACACUCUACACACAAGGAAACUUUCCAUGGUGUUGAUAUCGUAUUUACAGGCGAUAUGUGUGCUGAUACAUGGAUUGAAAGAGAGGUUACCGCAUUGAAGGAGGAUGGAUGCCCAGAUGUUUGGGUUGUGACAUCUGAUCAUGUUCAUCAGCAAGUUGCACAUGGAGCAGGAGCAUUUAUUUGGAGUUGUAAGACCUUGGUUUCUGAGAUUAAUGAUACGGAUGAGGAGGUUGAGACGAGGCUUAAACAACAAAGUACUACAAAUUCUAUGCGAGGCAAGUUAUUAAGGCAUAAUCUGGAUCCGAAAGCCGUAGCUGCUCUCAACGAUCUGAAGAAGCAGCUUUUAAAAAACGAGUCGAAGUAGCUGAUCAGCUCGUUCUUUGGCUUAUCGAGUGCUUUCAAAAAUGCAUAAGAGAAUUUCCGGCAUCGGUUUUUCCCCCCCUACACUAGCUCUUUGAUUUUGAUUUUAUUUAACUGAGGUGUGUUCAGCUUUGUGUUUGUAAAUGUAUGCUAGGAUGCUGCAAUAGAGGCCAUUUAGCUGCAAGUAGGGGAUUAUCUCGAUAGACACAUAUUUUACGUUUCCGGUUGUGUACUCUUUCAGCGUACCCUUUUCGGUAGCGAAAUAAGCUACUUGAGCUCGAGCUUAUAGAAAAGCUGUUUGUACGUUGAAUAAA